GACCUUUUUGACUAACACCAAUUCACAUUUUGUUGUUUGAAAACAAAACCUUUCACACUCCUUAGUAAAAUUAAGGAAGUGAUCAAAAUUCCACAUUGUUUUGAUGAUUAUAAUCAGAUCAUGGAGAUAAAAGAGCAACACCUCCAUAAGCCAAUAUUGUUGAAGAUUGCAAUAAGGCCUUCUAAAUUUCUCUCAUCUCACGAACAAAGGCAAGUCAAAUCACACUAUUUUGUCACCAACAAUAAUCAACACUUUCAAGCAGAUGCAGUACAUAUGUCAUAUUAUGCACCAUGUAAUUCAGGAAGAAAGAUAUUUCAUCAAACUUAAGAAUCGGCCAGUUACCCCCUUCUUCUUGAAGCCAUUGAAGCUGGUCGAGACACUGCAUCCAAUGAAUGAAUUCUACUACAAGACUUGGCGGCCAUGCUGACAAGGUGUUUGUUAAAAUGUCCAACAGACUAUUUGCACAGCAACACUAAUUCACAAGAGAAAAGAGAGAUCUUGAUGGAUGUGGCAGGAGGUCUUUCACUGGUGCAAACUGUCAUCCGACUACUGGGUUCUCCCAUUUGGACAGAGAUUGAAUCUGUGUUGGGUGUGGAGUCCCAGCUAGCCAAACUCAAGGUCACCAUGUCCACCAUCCAGAACGUCCUUCUUGAUGCUGAAGUUCAGGAGCGGCUGCACCACGGUCGUCGCACCAACGUGGAACAAGGCAGACUUGAGAGGCUUAAGGAAGCUCUUUACCAAGCUGAUGAAUUGUUUGACAAGGUUACCACCCUUGCUCAUCGCAAACAACUCUUUUCCAGUAACAAAUUCAGGAAAGAGGUAUGCCUUUUCUUCUCUUGCUCUAAUCAGCUUCGUUCUGCUUUUAAUUGGUCUCGAGAGAUCAAAAAGAUCAGGGAGGGGUUGGAUGAUAUUGUCAAAGAUCAUCAACAUGACUCUGGGUUGAGACAACCGAUUGGUCUCGAGGUAACUCAAGUAAGCCGUGAAACUCACUCCUACGUGUGUGAGGAGAAAGAUGUGAUCAUUGGGAGAGAUGAUGAUAAGAGGAUUCUGAUUGAUAUGUUAGUGGACACCACUAUUGAGGCUGAUGUUUCUGUUGUCACCAUUGUUGGCAUUGGAGGUUUGGGGAAAACGACUCUUGCCCAACUUGUCUACAAUGAUGAGAGGAUUAAAGAAGAAUUUCCUUUCAAGAUGUGGGUUUGUGUCUCUGAUGAUUUUAAUAUCAAAAUUGUUCUUCGUCAAAUCCUUAACUCUGCAACAAUUCAUAAAGCUCACCAUGGUGACAUAGACAUGGAUAACCUCCAGAAGGAUCUUCGACAAGCACUUGACAGGAAGAAGUAUCUACUUGUUCUGGACGAUGUUUGGAAUGAAAAUUCCGAAAAGUGGCAGAAAUUGGAAACCUUGUUGAUUGGAGGUGGCAGGGGUAGCAAAAUUUUAGUGACUACACGCUCUAAAAAUGUAGCUUCUGUUGUGGGAAGUUACCGGACACAUGAAUUAAAAGGUCUCUCAAACGAAGACUCUUGGAAUUUGUUUGAGAGAAUGACUCUUCGACCAGGGCAACAUCAUAUAAAGCCACAAUUGGUUGAUAUUGGUAAAGAGAUUGUUGGCAAGUGUGCCAAUGUUCCACUUGCAAUAAGGGCCAUUGGAAGUCUUCUUCGAGGUAAGGAUGAAAGUAGGUGGCUAUAUUUGAAAAACACUGAUUUGGCAAAAAUAAAACAAGAUGAUACCAAUGGCAUUGUAUCUGUUUUAAAGAUUAGUUAUUAUUAUCUGCCAUUCCAUUUGAAGAGUUGCUUCCGUUAUUGUGCUAUAUUCCCCAAGGAUUACAAGAUUGUCAAGGAGGAUUUGAUCUGUCUUUGGAUGGCACAAGGUUUCAUUAUGCCAUGUGAUGUAGAUAAUUUUGAAGAUGCAGGUGAGGAGUAUUUCAAGCAAUUAUUGCAAAUGUGCUUCUUCCAAGAUGUAAGACGGAUAGAGGGUACUGAUAUAAUUAUAUCAUGCAAAAUGCAUGACUUGAUUCAUGAUCUCGCUAAAGAAGUAGCCGGAACAGAAAUCAUCCAGUAUAGCACAAGGUGUUGUACCGAGAAUACACGCCAUAUAUUUAUUGAUAGUAGUGCUGCAGAAGAUAUUUGUAGCGACUUCACCAAGAUGAACAAGAUGUGUUCAAUUUUAAGUAGUUAUUACGACGAGAUUUCUUCCAAUUUAAGAAGUCUUGUUGUGUUAUCAAAACUGGACCAUUUAAGGGUAUUAAGCUUGAAUUACUCUGGUGUGAAAAUGUUACCGAGUGAGAUAGGUAAAUUGUGGCAUCUAAGGUACCUUGACGUAUCUUGCAAUAAUAUGCUCUCUAUGUUGCCCUCGUCCAUUACCAAGCUUUACAACUUGCAAACAUUGAAGUUACGAAAGUGUAUGGGUCUCGUAAAUUUACCAAGGGAUUUGAGGAAAUUAGUUAACCUCAGGCACCUGGAUAUACGAGAUUGCUGGGGGUUGACACAUAUGCCUACGGGGAUGAAUAGCAUGACAUCUCUGCAAAAGCUGACAGGGUUUGUGGUGAGUGGAACAAGAAAUGAUGGGAAUUUGGUCGGUGAGCUUGGAGAUUUAAAAAAUUUCAUCAAUCACAGUCACACUAUGGAAAUCUUAGUUGUUGAAGGUGGUGUCAGAUACGAUGCAGUGGAUGAUAGGGAAGGGACAUUUCUAUUAAAAAGUCAACAUUUGAGAGGAAUAAAGUAUAUAUGGCGUCGGAAUUACUAUAAUGCAGAUGGAUUGCUGCAAGGGCUGCAACCCCAUCCUAAUCUCAGAAUAUUGGAGUUGAAGGAUUAUACAGGGUUGAGGUUCCCGAGAUGGGGGGGCUCAUUAAUGAAUUUGCAUAAGUGUCUCCCACUUCUUGUUAAGAUAACAAUAUCAGUUUGUAGGAGGUUAGAGCAUCUUCCAACGAUGAGUCAACUACGUCAUUUGAAAUUCCUUACAGUAAAAGAAUUAUGGGACUUGGAGUAUGUGGAGAAUAGAAGUAUUAGUGUAGUAUUAGGGUCGAGACAAGGUGACGACUUGGUUUUCUUUCCAUCCCUUGAAAAGCUUGUGCUAGUAGAUUUGCUAGAGUUGAAGGGAUGGUGGAGAUCAGAACCUGGGAAAGGGGAGACACGAGAAGAAGCAGGGUUUCACUCAAAUUUAUGUUCGUUCCAUCAACUUUCCUAUCUGGAAAUAAGAGAUUGCCGUAAUUUGACAACUUUUCCCCUCUGUCCGAAAUUGGAAGAAUUGAACUUUGUACUAAAGCUAAUUAGAAAACGGAAUCAGAGAGAGUACGUUUCUAUAAUCACUUGAAUUUACGUAUUUCUGAAGACUGGUAUCACUGCUGAUCACCUCAUUUUCAGGGGUUUAACUCAGAGCUAAUGGAAUAUGCCAGAAGUGUACUUCCAAGACAUCCAAGACAUUCAGUUUCAUGAUUGAAAGCUCGUCAUUGUCAUUUCCUGUUCUUAUCAUCCUUUUCAUUCUCCCACAUUUUCCUUUUCUCUACUUUUUUUUUACUUAAAUAUUUAUCUAUCUGUAGCUGAACUUUUAAUUUUUAGUGGACAUUUAUUUUCCACACCAUGUAAAUUUCCUUUGGGUUUCUCUCUUUUAAGAUUGACCAAAGUGGUAACCUGAACUUACAGUUUUAUUUAACUGAAAUAUUCUGCUAA